AUGUUGAAACUACUUUCACGAAAUUCUAUUGACGCUAACCAUAGACAAAGAAUGCAGGAAACAUGGAAACGUACGAAAAAACUUUUCAAACAAUUUCUGCCACUCACAAUUCUCUAUCUUGUAAUCCAACUGCCAUGGGCGCUUCGUCAAGCAUUCCGAAGCAUAUUUCCUGGAUUCAUGUAUGGUAUUCCACAAAUGCUGGAAAUGUGUUUAGCAUAUCUUACGGUAAUAUAUCAGUUGUUCAUAGUAUUUACAAUUUUCUUCAAUCAACAUGAAUUAAGAUCAAAAUUUAAAGAACAAAUGAAAAGAUUGUGGACAAAACGAUGGAGAUUAAUAGUUGAAAACAAUCUAAUUGUGCCAAUAUCAGGUCAAACAGCUGCUGUCCAAAUGGCACGAGAACAUCAUUAA